UAAGGUUUUACAUUUAGACCGAGGCAAUGGAGCUAGCAACGCUCCUUACAUUUCUUCUAUUGGCCAUUGGCCACGGUGAGGGCUGUCAGCUGCAGAGCUCCACCAGCGAAACCGUCAAGGACUGGUGGCAAACCGCUCAGUUCUACCAGAUCUAUCCGCGCUCCUUCAAGGACUCCGAUGGCGAUGGCAUCGGUGACUUGAACGGCAUCACCAGCAAGCUGGAGUACCUCAAGGAUCUGGGCAUUACGGCAGCCUGGCUGUCGCCCAUCUUCACCUCCCCGAUGGUGGACUUUGGCUACGACAUAUCUGACUUCUUCGACAUUCAGCCUGAGUAUGGGACUCUCGACGACUUCAGGGCCCUGAUCAAGCGGGCCAAGGAGCUGGAUCUGAAGAUUAUCCUCGACUUCGUGCCCAACCACUCGAGCAACGAGAGCUCUUGGUUUGUGAAGUCGGUGAAUCGCGAGAAGGGCUACGAGGACUACUACGUGUGGCACGACGGGAAGGUGAAUGCCACCACUGGGGCGAGGGAACCGCCCACCAACUGGCUGCAGUACUUCCGCGGGAGUGCCUGGCAGUGGAACAAGGAGCGCCAGCAGUACUACCUCCACCAGUUCGCCGUGCAGCAGCCCGAUCUGAACUACCGCAAUCCUUUGGUCGUGGACCAGAUGAAGCGGGUGCUGCGCUACUGGCUGAACGAGGGCGUGUCCGGAUUCCGAUGCGACGCUCUGCCCCCGCUCUUCGAAGUGCUGCCCGAUGCCGAGGGACAGUGGCCCGACGAAGUGGUGACCGGGGCCACCGAGGACGCGGACGACCGUGCCUAUCUGACCACCACGUACAUCGAGAACCAGCCGGAGACUAUUGACAUGGUCUACCAGUGGCGCACCGUACUGGAUGACCACAAGCGCAUUCAUGGCGGCAACUCGAGCGUCCUGCUCAUCGAGACAUACUCACCCGCCUGGUUCAGCAUGCAGUUCUACGGAAAUCGGAGCACUGAGGGCGCCCAUCUGCCCUUCAACUUCAACCUGAUCACGGUGAUGGAGCAGAAGGGUCUGAAUGCCAGCAACGUGCAGGAGGCGGUAGACCUGUGGCUAAAGAAUAUGCCUGCGGGUCGCACGGCCAAUUGGGUGCUGGGAAAUCACGACAAGCGAAGGGCCGCCAGUCGAUACGGAAAGGAGCACAUCGACGCCAUGAACAUGCUGGUGAUGGUUCUCCCGGGGGCCAGUGUCACCUACCAGGGCGAGGAGAUCGGCAUGACCGAUGGCGAGAUCAGCUGGGAGGACACUGUCGAUCCGUGGGGCUGCAACUCGAAUGCGGAUAUCUACGAGCAAUACACUCGGGACCCGGAGAGAACGCCUUUCCAGUGGACAGCGGGCACAAAUGCCGGGUUUACCAACGGAUCCACCACCUGGCUGCCACUGGCGACGGAUUAUGAGACCAUCAACGUGGAAAAGGAGUUGAGCGACGACCGGUCCCACUUGAAGAUUUACAAGGCAUUGGUGGCCCUACGGAAGUCAUCCAAGACCCUGCAGAACGGGUCCACGAAGUACGAGGCAAUUACGGGGGACAUCUUCGUAGUUCAACGAUCUCUUGCCAACUCAGCCACCAUUGUGGGUGUCAUUAACUUCGGAUCGGUGGCGGUAACAGUGGACCUGAGUCAGUUCGACAAGAAUCGUACCGAGAGCUUGCAGCUUCUCAUAAGAAGUAUAGACUCGACAAAAGUAGAAGGCACUCGUUACGACCCAAAGACCUUGAGCCUAGAUCCCGCGGAGGCCUUAGUUUUAACCACCGAAUAAAACUCGAUUUUUUUAAAUGAAAA